AUGUCGACAGCUGAUGGAACUGACAAGAGAAUGAGCUUCAAGUCAGACACAUGCAAUACUUAUAUAGUGUAUGACGUCAUAAUGGCUAGGUUUUUCCAGGUGAGUGCUGAGCGCGUGCAGGUUUUUCCAGGUUCCUGUCCAAGGGGGUAUUCUGUGUACAUACCAUUAGAUAUCACUAGAUGCCUGCGGUAUGAGAAGACACCUGCCCAGUAUGCGGAUGCAGCCAAUGCAUGUCAUCUGGAAGGCGGGGAUAUCAUCAAGAUAGAUUCUGCAGAAAAGUUCAGUAUCUUCAAGGAAUUUCUGGUGUUGACUGCUAACAUCAGCAAUGCGGAGGUUUGGAUACAAGGGAUGAAAGUGAGCGGAAUAUGGAGGUUUCAUGACGGAACACCAUUCAUUCACUACUGUCCACUUGUGGCAUCAAACGGUUCGAUAGAAACGCGCCUGAGAUCCCUUACAAAGGAUGGCUUCAAAUGCUAUGACAAUGUGCCCGAAGCUCAAUAUAAUUAUGUCUGUGAAUUGUAGAAAAUACACAAGAUGAAACACUUCUUUUAAGCUUGGCUUAAUGGUGGCUUAUAGGU